UGCAACAUUUACAGUUCGCUUUUGAUCACCACAACGUCAUGUCAGGCCCAAACAUUACGUCUUCGAUCCAACUAUUUCCCACCUAUCUGCUGUUCAAACCUUAAUCCAGUGUAGUUGCACGAUACAUUAUAAACGAUGCCCGGCACCCAGGACUCGAAGGAAUCGAAUCAGCUCUACUCUCUCGAAAUGCGAGAAGUGUUCUUCGAGACGGCCGGCAUGGAAGCAAAGUCGAAGCCUGAGGCCGACCGCUACAUUCCCCAGAUCGCCGACAUCACCGGGGAGCGCAUCAAGCUGUCCGACGCGCACGGCAUUGGCUACACCAUCGUCUCGCUGACGGUCCCCGGCAUCCAGGGGCCUGGCCGACCGCGCCGCCGCCGAGAAGCGGGCCACCGGGACCGCCUCGGCGCCUUCGCGUCACUCCUUCACCUCCUUGGCCUCGUGUCCAAUGGCGUCUUCGAUCGGUUCCCCACCCUCAAGGUCAUCGUCGGCCAUCUCGUGGAACACGUCCCGUUCGACUUCUGGCGAAUCAAUUGCUGGUUCGAGGACAUCGAGAAGCCACUCACGACGGAGCAGGGUGGCGUCAUGUGCGAGAAGACCAUCGACGACUCCUUCAAACGUAACAUCGGGUACGUCAUGGACGCGAUCAGCGCCGACGGGGUACUGUUUAGCGUUGACUACCUUUACGAGACUAUCGAUAGGUGCUCCGCUUGGUGGGACGGGGAGGCGGAGCAGAUCCAGAAGGUGGUUGGUUGGAAAUAUGUGCAUCGUGCGAUUGGGAGAGACAAUGCGAAGGCCUUGUUCAAGUUGAAGGAUUAUCACAACGCGGAUGCCCCCGUUUAG